AUGGGCGUCCGAGAUUCUCACGGCGAAGCGGCGGGGACUCCUGACCCCGUCGAGAAAGGGUUCGCCACUCUGAAUACCAUCAGAAUCGGUGUGAAGGCCAUGGUGCAGAAGGAUGGAGAAUUGCGCAAGGCGGAGAUUCUGUCGAUUCGGCAGCGCAAGGAUGGCCCUUCGUUCUACGUGCAUUAUGUCGACUUCAACAAGCGUCUUGAUGAAUGGAUCAAUUCUUCUCGCAUUGACCUUUCCAAAGCGGUUGAAUGGCCGCAGCCCGAGAAGCCAGACAAGAAAAAGUCUACUACCAACAAUAAGGCACCUAGCAAGAAUAUUCCCAAGAACGCUCGACCUGGCAGCCGCGAUGUGUCGGGGACUCCUGAUGCACUGGGUGGUAAGAAUUUGAACGUCGGCAAGGCACCGCGGCCAUCCAAGGCCGGUGGUAAAGAGAACCGCACCGUCGAUACGCCAGGCGACACUUCACUUUUCGGGUCCGAGGCGGUAUCAACCGUUGGAACACCCAAGGCAGACUCAGAAGAUGUUGAUAUGGCAGAUGCUGCCGCAGAAGCCACACUGAAAGAAGAUGGGGUCAAAACCACAUCUGGCGAGGUGAUCACCCGCGAAGAGGAGAUCGAGCGCCUACGGACAAGCGGCAGUAUGACUCAAAACCCAACAGAAAUCCACCGCGUACGAAACUUGAGCCGUCUCCAAAUGGGCAAAUUCGAAAUUGAGCCGUGGUACUUCUCCCCAUACCCGGACGAAUUCUCCGACGUGGACAUAGUUUACAUCGACGAGUUCUGCCUCAGCUACUUCGACAACCAGCGUGCCUUCGAGCGCCACCGCGCAAAGUGCACUCUGGUCCACCCCCCAGGAAACGAAAUUUACCGCGACGAGAACAUUUCAUUCUUCGAAGUCGACGGGCGUCGCCAGCGCACCUGGUGCCGUAACCUAUGCCUUCUCAGCAAGCUCUUCCUUGAUCACAAAACUCUCUAUUACGAUGUCGACCCCUUCCUCUUCUACUGCAUGUGCACACGUGACGAAACCGGCUGCCAUCUCGUCGGCUACUUUUCCAAGGAAAAGGACUGCGCCGAAGGCUACAACCUGGCUUGCAUCCUGACGCUGCCGCAAUACCAGCGCCGCGGAUUUGGUCGUUUGCUCAUGGCGUUCAGCUACGAACUCAGCAAGCGCGAGGGCAAGCUCGGAUCUCCCGAGAAACCGCUCUCCGAUCUGGGUCUUAUGGGUUACCGCCAGUACUGGCGGGAGACGCUCGUUGAGUUGUUGAUGGAGCCGGGCCGUGAGACGAUAAGUGAGAAUGAACUCGCGGUUCUCACUUCCAUGACUGAGAAGGAUGUUCAUGAGACUUUGGUUGUUUUUAACAUGCUCCGAUAUCACAAAGGAAACUGGGUUAUUGUCCUCACUGACUAUGUAGUCGGGGAGCAUAAAAAGCGUCUUGAAAAAGAGAAAGUCAAGGGUGCGCGCAAGAUCGAUCCCGCUGCUCUCCAGUGGAAACCACCUGUUUUCACUGCCUCUAGCCGGACGUGGAACUGGUAA